CACAGGGUUAUGGAACAUUCUUACUCGUUCUCUUUUUUCGAUACUGCGUUUUAUUUGUAUUUGCAUUUCACUGUGCGUUUUCGUUAACGGUGAUAUUUUCAUUUGCGUGGAGAAAAAAAGGCUGCUGCAUUUUGAACCGCUGUGAACGGUGUCGGACCGACUGGUUGUUAGACUUUAAUAACUGCAUUUUUCGUUGUCUCGUUCUGGCUUCCUUUGUUUGACUUCCGUUUUAUUUCGCGAUUAGCUGGCUGUGCUAGUAGUAAACAUGUUAGCGUUUGUGUUGACCUAAAAGAAUUUGUGACGAAAAAGUGGGCACCUGUAACAACAAACUGACAAAAAGUUAAGCUGUGUGGAGAUUUAGACUUCGCGUAAAUACGUUUCCAGUACAAUUCAGUGAUAUUCCAGCUGCUAGUGUCUGGGACUCGACCUACUAGCAGGUCUGCUAAUUACUGCAGUGCUGGCAGCGAUCAGUUCGGAUAAAUGAGCGAAACAUUUCCCUUGACUUCCCUCACCGUCUUUUGGGAAUUGUGUGCGUGUUGCGUUUGUGUCUGAACGCUGCCAUUAACGCAUGUGGUUUGUCAGUCGCUAUUCAUUAGCUGCCCGUGGUCGCGGAGAUAGAUCCGAUCGCCUGCAGCCUGGUGCUGCUGCCACGGUGUUUGAGCCCCAGCGCAUCUCUGCUCUGCAGUUACUGUCGGACGAAGCAUAACACUGCGUUUUAUCGCAUUUAAACCUUUAAGUGAAGAAUAAAGGUCAAAGCUUUGGGGGAAAAAACAUGUUUCGCUAUCUGAGUGACUUGGACGACAGUCCAUAUAUGAUGGAUCCGUUUGCAGCCCAUAGGCAGCAGAUGCGGAGCCUGUUUGGUCCUUUUGGCAUUGAGCCGUUUGCCCUCAGUCCUCAGAUCCAGCCACCCCGUGCUUCCCACCUCCAGGCUAGAGCCAUGGCCCCGUUUGGAAUGAUGGGAAUGGGAGGGGGUUUCCUGGACAUGUUUGGGAUGAUGGGAGAAAUGAUGGAGAACAUGGAGCGGAUGUCUGGUUCCCCCAGCUGCCAGACCUACUCUUCCUCCACAGUUAUCUCCUACUCUUCCACAGACUCUGGGGCUCCCAAAGUAUUCCAGCAGACCAGUGAAUUCAGGACUGCACCUGGAGGGAUCAGAGAGACACGUCAGACCAUUCGGGAUAGCGAAAGUGGUAUGGAGCGCCUGGCCAUUGGUCACCACAUCGGGGACCGAGGUCAUAUUAUGGAGAGAUCUCGCAACCGCAGAACUGGAGACCAUGAGGAGAGGCAGGAUUUCUUCAACCUGGAAGAGUGUGAGGCUGCAGCCUUCGAUGAGGAGUGGAGAAGGGAGACUGCGCGGUACCAACCUCCCAGUGCCCGGGCACUGGACUAUGGCAGAGACCGGAGGAUAACUGGAGGAGGGCAACAGCUGGCCCUCACUGCCCCCCCAAACUCCUCUUCCUCACCUUCUCCUCGCCAUGACUCACCCCGACACCCCCCAGCACCCACUCGCCCUCGCUAUGACUGGUAACUGCACUGGAGUGGAAAUGAGAAGAUGUAGUGGUUCUGGAUUACAGUGAUGCUGUGAAAAAAAAGAAAAACUUCUCAUGGAGAGAUGGAAUAACCAUCGAAGAUCUCUGUAAUUUGGCUGUCUAUAUAUAAAGUAUACGUAACACGUUCUCCACAAGAGGUACACAUACUUACUGUAGACUCAAUAUGUAACCUUGAGACACACUUUGUAUAUAGAAACACUCAUACUGUUCAUUAAUGCACACUACACUGCAUACAAAUGCUAUGUGAUAGACUGUACAGUCUGUAUGUUUGUAUAGGCACUGUAGUGUGUCUGUGGGUUGAAUUGUACAUCGUUGAUUAAAUGGCAAAAAAUCAUUAAUAAACAUUGUUAGAUAAUUAA